GUAUAUGAACUCCGCCUCACCCCAAGACGCUGGCUGUCAUUCCUCCUCCCCCCCCACACUGGCUCACCUCACUGUCAAGACCAAGCCCGUCGACGAGGCUGCUCUCAUCAAUCCGACAAUUCCGCAAGUUGGGACUCUGAACGAGGCUUGCGGAAACAGCUCAAUGGAAGGUGUUAAAAAAAAAAAAAAAAAGGAUUCACUAUUGCAUCCUACUCAGUCAUUUGAAGCAAUGGUUGCCUCCUUCAACUUUCUCGCCCUCCCACGGGAGCUGCGAGAUAUGGUCUACAUGAAUUACUUGGCAGUUGAUGGGGGAUACGUGUGUGACUCGCAGGCUUUCAUCGAUGGAAAAUUGAGAGCAGGAAAACAUGGCGGUCCCAUCGAGCUGAACCUCAUAUACGCUUGCAAGCAAAUGGCCCAGGAGACGAACGGGAUGGCUUUACGCGUCAACCAGAUCACAUUCAGCACCAUUACCUCGGAAGGAUUGCGGAUCCUUGCCUCCCGCUUCGAAUCUCUCAUAGCCCGCGUCGACCAGAAACGGAAUACGAUCUUUCGUACCGCGGGGCACUGCAUCUCUGAUGAGGCGUACGACGAGCUGAAGGGCAGAUACCCCCACUUCAUUCCAGUCCUCGACCGCCUCCGAGCCGAGCAAGGCCAAUUCGACACGGUUCCCCGUCACGGUUCGUUCGGCGAAGCAACGUCCGUCUAUCGCGAGUUCUGCAAAGACACGCCGAGGGCCGCGUCGCUCUGCAAUCCGAACGCCGCCAGGAUCCUGCAGCGCUGGGGCGACUUCGGUACCUCUCUCCGUAUGAUCGACCUCUCCAUUCCGCACUGGACCAUCCCCACUGAAGAUGAGCUGAAUCAGCUUCUCGCGAGCGUCGGAGAGAACCCAUACCAUGUUAUCGGGCUUGAGAGAGGCGGAGACCUUUCGAUAUACCGCUUCUCGGCCGCGUCCGCGGCAAUCUACUUUCUGACCUCAGUGCCCGCCGCCGUCCGAGCGCAGGUGCGUAGAAUCGUUCUCGACGAGGACCGGGAGGCUGUGGCCGCGCCCGAGUGCCACGGCCUGGGUCUCAUCCCGUUCUGCCAGGAGAACCCCCUCCUCCACGUCGAGCGCCGUGUCAACUUGUGGAGGAACGUCCUUCAGGCCAACACGAUGACGCCAUAUGACCGGAUCAAUCCCGAGGUCCGAGGCACCGCCACCGCGCGCCUGCUUUACUCAAAGGACGUCACGGGGCUCGUAGCAAAGUGGGUGUCGGAGGCCCGCGCCAUCGUCUCCGCGGGGAUGCCGGCGGAGUCGUUUUCUCUGAUCCUCGACGGAGAGCCCGCCGCGCAGCACGCAUCGGGGAUAUUCCAGACCGUUGUGCAGAGAGACAUCGCGUGGCAGCUGGCCUGGAUAGAGGCGCAGAAUCGACAACUGUUCUCGGUCAAAUCUGUACAUCAGAGGAGGGGUGAGCGGUCCGCCGCCCAUAGCUGCGACGGCUACUUUUACGAAGAUUUUCCCAGGGCCAUGGCAGAUAUUGCUAACGGUGAUGCGUGCUCCUCCAUCGUGCAGUGCAACUUUGACGUCGGCCAAGUUUGGGAUGUGGAAAGGAUGAUCCACGACCAUCGGUCAUGGUCGCCCGAGAAGUGGAAGACAAAAUGGCCCAAACACGAACCAGCUCUGUGGGAGACUGUGCCUCCUCUGCCAGAGUGGAUGGCUUUGCUGGAGGAGAACAUAUUAGGACACGAUGAAGAGGUCAGAAAUGGUCUGCGAGGCCCAGUGGUGUGGCCGGGGGUACGAGAUCAUAACAAUCGUCGCAUCCAACACAGUUUAAGUGAUAACAACUGAAAGGGAAGGGCGAACCACCGUCCGAUUUGCGGGAGGUAAGUUAGGUCUGUAGUAUUGGAAAUUAUGUCCUGGAAUUACAUGGGCCGAGUGGUCUGAAAGAUGUGCAGUCAAAGUACAGAGUCAAAGGGAGACUUCCUCGCGCCUCAAAGUUCAGUCUUGGGCAUUUAACCUGCGGUUGUCGGCCCAACCUGUGAGAUACCUGCCAGAGUAUAGAGCUUUUCAGACUAUAUAAGAAUCGAUUUUGAUGCUAGUCGUUGGCAAGAAAGUCUUCCUAGGUAUAUACAAAUGGGAUCAUCUUCAUACUGGAGGUCGCCUUGCAGGUCUGCCUCAGUCUCCGCCUCGGUCGCGGCGUUGAGCUGCGCGAGACGGACGCGCUCCGGGGCGCAGAUGAAGAGGCCCAGCGCCCAGCCGAAGAGCAUGACGGCCAUGAGGGCGAUGUAGGUGGCGUCGUUUACGGUGCCGGUGGUGGAG